AUGGGCGGGAGGCGGAUGCGGACACAGAGCGGGCACGGACACGUGCGGUGCCAUGUCGCGGAGGGCGUGGGGCUGUUCUCCGGGUUCCGAGUGCUCGGCCGCUUCAGCGGGCACGUCCCUCACGUUCUCCGCUACCACGGCCGGCACCGCGAGUUCUACGUGGCCACCGCCGUCGGGCGCAGCGUCCACACCUACAACGUGAAGAAGCUUGGUAUUGUUUCUGUGAGUAAUGCUUUGCCACAAGACAUUACAUGUUUGGCAGCAGAUCGCAUGCUGAUAUUUGCUUCAUAUGACAAUAUUCUCCACGCUUUUGCCAGGAACAAAGAGGUGGUUCAUACCUAUGAAGGUCACAAGGCAAGGAUACACCUUCUACAACCUUUUGGUGAUCACAUCAUCUCUGUGGAUCUUGAUAAUGUUCUUAUUGUUUGGAAUAUACAGUCAGAAGAAGAGUAUCUUCAAGUGGAUUUUGAUAAAGCCACUUUUGUAGUUUCUGCACUUCUGCAUCCCAGCACCUAUUUGAAUAAAAUUCUCCUUGGGAGUGAACAAGGAAGCUUGCAGCUGUGGAAUAUAAGAUCCAACAAACUCUUAUACUCAUUUCCAGGAUGGGGCUUCGCAGUCACAACUCUUGCACAAGCACCAGCAGUGGAUGUUGUUGCAGUUGGUCUUGUAUCUGGUCAUAUCAUUGUACAUAAUAUUAAGUUUGAUGAAACUCUGAUGAAAUUUCAACAAGACUGGGGUCCCAUCACAGCAGUAUCUUUUCGUACAGAUGGACACCCAGUAAUGGCAGCUGGGAGCCCAGUUGGACACAUUGCUUUGUGGGAUCUAGAAGACAAGAAGCUGAUGUGUCAGAUGCAAGAUGCCCAUUCCACAGCAAUAGCUGGCAUGUCGUUUGUCCCUGGAGAACCACUUCUUAUUACUAAUGGUGCUGAUAAUGCUCUACGGGUGUGGAUUUUUGAUGGACCUGGUGGUACAGGUCGUGUAUUGAGAAGCCGAAUGGGACACAGUGCACCACCAACAAAAAUCAGAUACCAUGGGCAAAAUGGAGAGCAAAUUCUUAGUGCAGGUCAAGAUGGAACAUUGCAGUCCUUUUCAACAGUGCAUGACAGGUUCAAUAAAAGUUUAGGACGUGGUUCAAUUAACAAAAAGAAAUCAAAAAAGAAAGGUCUUAAGCUUGACACGAUGGCACUUCCACCAAUUACAGCCUUUGCUUCGGAAGUGGCACAUCAGAGUGACUGGGAUGGUAUUAUUGCCUGCCAUCAAGGGUAUAUAACCUGCACAACCUGGAACUAUCAGAAAACUUCUAUGGGAGCUCAUAAACUGAGGCCUGAAGAAUUUAGCAAGUACAAACCUAUUGAUAUAUAUGCAACAGCAGUUGAUAUUACCUCAUGUGGUAACUUUACUGUAAUCGGGAUGUCAACUGGACAGGUGGAUGUGUAUAACAUGCAGUCUGGCAUUCACAGAGGGCGUUAUGGCAAAGAAAAAGCACAUGAAGGGGCCAUUAGAGGGGUAGCAGUGGAUGGAUUAAACCAGCUGGUAAUCACAGCUGGUAGUGAAGGAUUAAUUAAAUUUUGGAAAUUCAAAACUAAAGAGCUAGUUUACUCCACUGAACUUUCUUCUUCUCCAAGUGCAAUUCUGCUUCACAGAGAUAGUGGUAUUCUGGGAAUUGCCUUUGAGGACUUCAGUAUUAGUGUUUUGGAUAUAGAAACCAGGAAGAUUGUCAGGACAUUCUCAGGACACCAUGGACGGAUUAAUGACAUGACUUUCAGUCCUGAUGGUCGUUGGCUAAUAACUUCAUCAAUGGACUGCACCAUUAAGACUUGGGACCUUCCCUCUGGAUGCCUUAUAGAUUGUUUUUUGGUGGACUCUGCAGCUGUGAGCCUUACUAUGUCACCUACAGGAGAUUUUCUAGCUUCAGCACAUGUGGAUGAUCUUGGAAUUUAUUUGUGGUCAAACCGUUCUCUGUAUUCACUUGUGUCAUUACGGCCCCUUCCUGCAGAUUAUGAGCCUUCUUUGGUGACACUCCCUAGCACCUGCCCUGUGCAAGAUGAGGAUAUGUCAGGAGAAGAAGAGCCGUGUGAUGAAAUGAUGGAAUAUGUCACACCUGAGCAGUUGGAAGAGCAGCUGGUGACCCUUUCCUCCUUACCGGAAUCAAGAUGGAAGAACCUCCUCAGCCUUGAUGUUAUCAAGAAAAAAAAUAAACCAAGAGAGCCACCAAAAGUUCCGAAGGCAGCACCUUUCUUCAUACCAACAGUUCCUGGUCUUAUACCCCGAUACAUUCCACCAGAGGAAGAAAAAGAUACACAGUCAAAGGUAGUAAACCUUGGAGUACUGGCACAGAAAUCUGAUUUCUGCGUUCAUCUUGAAGAAGCCCUGAGCACUAAUGAAUAUGAAGUUCCACUUGACCUACUGAAAAGGUUGGGACCAUCUAAUACUGAGAUAGAACUACGAGGUUUGGCCCCUGAAGGUGGUGGCUCAAUGGAGGUGAUGCUGAGCUUUUUGAGAAUGAUUGGGAUGAUGCUGAACAAGAAGUACAACUUUGAACUUGCUCAGGCAUACCUUGCAUUAUUUUUAAAGUUACAUCUGAAGAUUCUCUCGUCAGAACCAAACCUAUUGGAAGAAUUAUCCAAAUUGUCAGUGCAACUCGAGGACACUUGGAUUCGUUUGCAGACUCUCUUCAAUCAGAGUCUGUGUGUUUUAACAUAUAUGAAAAGUGCUCUGCUGUAAAAUACUAAUGGUUUUGUCUGCAUAAAAUCUCCCUCGGAAUAAUAAUACAAUUCAUUACCAAAAAUACCAGAUUCCAAAAGUCAUACUGGGUCUUAGAAACAUAGAAUCAUUAAGGUUGGAAAAGAGCUCCAAGAUCGAGUCCAACCUUUGACUGAAUACCUCCCAUGUCCACUAAGCUAUAUCACUAAGUGCCACAUUUACUCUUUUUUUGGGUACUUCCAGGGAUGGUGGCUUUAUCUCUUCCCUGGGGAGGCUGUUCCAGUGCUUCUUCUGAUGCUGUAUUUUAUACAUCUGGGUAUGGCAGAGUAUUUUAGAACAUGCAAAACUACAUAUUUUUGUUGAGUUGGAGCAAAAAUUAGUAUGUGCAGCUAUUCAUGUUCUAUUGGUUCUUGCUGUCAGUGAACAGACAGUUGAAUUCAAGGCCAGGUUGGACAGAACUCUGAGCAACCUGGUCUAGUGGAUGGUGUCUCUACUCAUGGGAGGGGGUUUGGAACUAGAUGAUAUUUAAGGUCCCUUCCAGCUCAGGCCAUUCAAUGAUUCUAUGAUUCUGUGGCUAUAGAUAAUGUAGCUAGUUACCUUAGGCUUUCAUGGCCAAAACUGUAGAUCAGAAUGAAAAAAUUACUUGGGAGAAAAAAAAAAAGAGGUGGGAAUGUAAUUUCUGUGCAGGAGACCAAAAUCUAUGUUGUGUUUAAUAAAGUUAUUGUUUUUGCAAAAAUAAAACAAAAUGUCUGAAUUAUUAACAUUUUAUUAACAUUAGUUUAAAGCAAUUUAAUCUAAAAAUUGUGCUCCUCUGCUAUUAGAGUGCUUUUCCUAUGAAGUUUGUAAAAAUCAGUCUUUUUCUGACUUUGGCAAGCUGUGUUCUGUAGCUGCAGACAUGUGUUUCUGAAUGCAGAUAUUUCCAACUGUACUACAAAUACUUGAAGUUUAAAAAAAAGAAACACCAAACUAAACAAACAAACAAAAACUUUCACUCAUUUUUUAUAAUCAGGUUUUUUGGAUGCUCAAUUUCUUCUGAAAAUUAUGUUUCCUUUCUUAAGGAGAAGAGAUUACCAGAAUAAAAGCUCUGAGUUUUGGGGAAUUUUAAUUGAAUCAGAUGUGGUUUUUACAAAUUAAUAUUUAGGUUUCAAACAAUAAGAUUUGGGCGUUGUUUGGGAACUCAUGAGUGAAAUUAUCAACUUUGCAUUUUGAGAGUACUUCCUCACAGCAGAAGAAUCUCCUGAAUGAGGCCUUGGUAUAUUUCACAUGCUUCAGCUACAUACAUAGUCUAACAGAAUAACUGACACAAAUAUAUGCAAUUUCAAUGGGUAAACUUCAAAGAUGGAUUCAUUGCGUUUGGCACAAGACUGAGACAAGGGUAUGGUUUUGUCAUGCUGUAUGUGUAAUUUUUCUUUUUUUCAGUGCCAUCACAUUAUAGAACUCAUUUAUCUAUACUGGAACAAAUUAUCUGCAAACACAGAGUAAUCAGAGAAUCAUAGAACAGUUUGGGUUGGAAGGGACCUUAAAGAUCAUCUGCCAUGGGCAGGGACACCUUCAUCUAGACCAGGUUGCUCAGGGCCACAUCCAGACUGGCCUUGGACACUUCGGGGAGUGGGUUGUCCACAAGUUCCCUGGGUAACCUGUUCCACUGUCUCACCACCCUCGCUGGGAAGAAUUUCUUGCUAAUACCCAAUCUGACCCUACUGUUGUUAAGUCUAAAGCCAUCCCCCGGUUCUUAUCACUACUACUACUGUUGUAGCCCCUUUUAGCUACUGGAAGCCUGCUUUUAAGGUCACCGUGGAGCUUCCUCUUCUUCAGGUGGAACAAUCCCAAUUCUUUCAACCUUUCCUCAUAGGAGAGGCAUUUCAUCCCUUUAAUCAUCUUCAUGGCCCUCCACUGGACUCUUCAAGAAGUUAUGUUUCCCUCUCUGCAGUCAGUGGGAGCUUCAGCAGACUGCCACAACUUCUCAAAUAUCAUGGGUAGUGGCUUAGCCAUUUCACUCAUCAGCUUCUCUGUGUUGUCCUGGGUGUUCUUUAUCCAUAACUUUGCCUCACGUAAAGGCUUGAAGGGAAUGGCAAAAUACUAUAGAAGUUUCCAGUCUGGCAUUAUAGCCAGUUAGGACUGAGAAUGUGGAGUAAGUGGGAAUAAUGUACACCUGAGGUUUUUUUAUGAAGUUUACUAUGGAGAUUUAAGAAAAUCCUUUAUACCAUACAAUUAUUAGUUGCUGGUGGUCCUCAAGAAGCCAUUGCUUCCAGUUUCUCGGAUGCAUCUGAAGCAGUCCAAAGUCCCUCAAAUUUCACUGUAAUAUGUAAUAAACCUCUGAACUUACAGGCAUUAUUGUAACUAAUCUAGAUCUUAAAGAGUCAUUUUUUGAGCCAAGACAGAAUAUUAAAAGUAAGUCAUUGGUUGCAGACCUGCCCCAGUGGAAGAAGGAACAGUGGAUAAAGAACGUUCCUCUUGGAUCAGAGUAAGGGUCUGUCAAGCCUUGUACCCUGUCUCCAGCUGCAGCAAGGAAUAGAUGCAAAGGGUUUAGCAACCUGGUCAUAUAUAAAGUCUUUCUCAAGCACAUACCACCACUUUUCAUCAAAUAGCUAUUUAGGUACUUAGUGACCCAGCCGUAGCCCAACAGUUGUACUUAAUGUUCUGUGAUGGACCUGUUUGUUCUCUCUGAGUUCAUCUAAUCUCUUUUAGAACCCAUUUAUCCUUCACUACAUCCUGUAGUAAUGGGACCUACAAUUUAAUUAACAGAAGUAAUGUGUUUCUGUUUAUAUACUCCAGACCUGCUGUCUUUUAAUGUUACAUACCCCUCCUACUUCUUGAAAGUUAGAAAUAUCAGUUGUGCUCUAGUCUUCAUGAUUUACAACCUCUCCACCACAGAGCAAUGAUGAAAGAGUUUCUAUUCAUGAAGGAGAUACUUUGUGUUACUCAGUGCAUGUGUGUUUUUUCAGUGGCAUACACGAACACUUUAUGGGCACAGUUGUUUAAAUCUGUUUGUACAAGAUUUGUCCACAAAAUUUGUAUGAAUUGUAGAAGAGGGAGGCUUUUUUAGUUUCUUUUUUCAUGGUGUACUUGAUGUAAUCAUAAGAAAAAAGACAUACUCUGCCAGACAGGCCAUUCUUCUGAAAGCAGAAAAAUGAAGGUAAUUUUUGUGAACAAUGUAUGCAUAGCAGAGUUGACAUAGUAUUUGCAGUCUGGAUGAUCUCAUUAAAUGUGUUUAAUUCA